UUGAUGUCAACCAUUUUGAAGUUAAACCAUUACUUAUUCUGGCGCAUUAAUAGAAGUGAUUCGUGCUCUCGAAAAGGAGUCAACUAAAUAUUUAGGAGAAUUCAUAAUUUCACAGAGAUAUCUUUAAAUUUUUUUUAAAUGUAUAAAGCUAUCCCUGUAGCUCACGUACGGUCCUAUGGCCUGAAGUUUCUUCUCGUCAUCGCUGUUGUCUUGCUAGUGCUUUCAGCAUUGAUGUUCCAACACCGUUAUUCAGAACCCGCUGCUGAUGUUCGACAAGAGCACCUCAGCUUGCAAGAAAAUCAGUUAGUUAAUCCCGCAUCAUUACAGACCUUGCAAAAUAAGAUUGACAUCCUGGAACGGCGCCUGGCUCGCAUGUCGCACGCCAUCGAGAAGCUUUGGUGCACCACGCAGGACGUGAUGAGCAACGGCGGAUUCUGCGUCACGGCCGAGAGAAUCUACACGGGCGGCAACAAGAACUUUUUCGCAGAGUUUUGCUACUUCGUGGAGGAGUUGGUGGGCAACGCCUCGGUGGCGGACUUCGGCGCGGGGCUCGGCAAGUACGGCAUGUGCUUGCUGCGUAAGAACCAAACAGAUUUCCGUCUCGACGAAAAACAAAAGAAGCAAUACAACGAUGACAUGAAAAAAGCUAUGAAAAACCUCAAACACAAGCCACAAAUAAUAUAUUCAUGGCAUGGUUUUGACGGGGGCUUCGCCAUCGAGGAGGUGAGCGGCGGCUUCAUCGCGCACGCCGACCUCAGCGAGGAGGGCCUCUGGCUCGGCAGGAAGUGGGACUGGGUGAUGAGCGUCGAGGUUGGGGAGCACAUCGAUCCUAAACAUGAAGGCCAUUUCCUCGAUAACCUCGUGCGGCAUGCAUGUGCAGGGAUCUUGCUGACAUGGGCAGUGGAGGGCCAGCGCGGCCAUUUUCAUGUCAACAACCACAACAACGACUACAUCAAGCAGAAGAUGCUGGACCGAGGCUUCGUCUCGGACGAAGAGGCGGAGAAGCGUCUGAGGGCUCGUUCAAUAGGUUAUUUGGCCAACACGUCCAUGGUCUUCCGGCGCAAGAACCCCACGUCCUGCUUGACGGAAUGAAAAUUUUGAGAAAUAGAAUCAACCGAAUGUUGUGAGAAUUCUAAUAAAGAAAUGUUCAUUUUGAAUAGAUCAUAGUCUUGAUGUCUUGAUAUGCCUAGCACCUUAAGAGCCUUGCAAUGCAAUGAGUCCAGCAGCUAUCUCGAACAAUAAAUCCGUUGGUUAUGGAAAGAUC